AGAUUUUUCUGUGCGAGAAGUUGAGAACUGAGAAAGAUCACGACCUGUUUUUGGUCCGAAAUUGAAAUGGGUUGGAUCAUAUAGAACUCGGCCAGAACCCAAUACUUUAUAUUACAAAUGUUGGGCCACAACCGACCCAGUUUUGGCCCAAUUAGCAGAAAAAGCGUUUAUCUUGAGAAUUGGAGGAGAGCUGAAAAUGGCGAAGAAAGGAAGCUGAAAGUUGAACGUUGCUAUUAUUUUCUAGGCAUAGGUGGAGCUGAAAGACUAAUUGUUGAUGUGGCUAUUGAACUUGUAUCCCAUGAAGUUCACCAUGACAAAAAUCGAUGCUUUGAGGAGACCGUUUCUGGUGUGUGCUUUCUCUGUUUCAAUUUUAUGUUUGAUAUUAUGGAUUCAUGGUAUCUGUGUAAAAUAGGAAUGGGGUUUGCUUGAGGUUGGAUUGUGUAUGUUACAAAACAUCGAACAAGAGUAACUCUGUUUUUUCUUUUUCAUA